CGUUUUCUUCUAUCCAAAAUAUCACAGCAAAAACGAGACUCACGUUUAGAGAAGAAAACGCAGGUUUGGAGGUUGAAUACUUUUUGAAGAGAGUGCAUAUAGCUCACUGCACUACUUCUUCUCCUGCAAGUGCUGUGCAACCAUUACAUCAUCAAUGACAAUCGAAGUUCUAGUUUUAGUUUCAACUAACGUGUGCAGGUGCUGGUCAAGAAGUUGGAAAAAGCUGUGUAAUAGUUAAAAUCAAUGGAAAGAGAAUCAUGUUCGAUUGUGGCAUGCAUAUGCGUCACACUGAUCACAGUCGUUAUCCGGAUUUCAAAAAGAUUUCAGAUUCUGGAAAUUUCAAUGAUGCUCUUGACUGCAUUAUCAUCACUCAUUUUCACUUGGAUCAUGUUGGAGCAUUGGCUUACUUCACUGAAGUUUGUGGGUAUAGUGGACCGGUUUAUAUGACGUACCCAACAAAAGCUUUGUCUCCUCUGAUGUUGGAAGAUUAUCGAAAAGUGAUGGUUGAUCGUCGGGGUGAGGAAGAACAAUUCACUUCUGAUCAUAUUGCUGAGUGCAUGAAGAAAGUUAUUGCCGUAGAUUUGAAGCAGACUGUGCAAGUAGAUGAAGACCUGCAGAUACGUGCAUAUUAUGCAGGACAUGUUAUUGGAGCUGCAAUGUUCUAUGUUAAAGUGGGAGACGCAGAAAUGGUUUAUACAGGAGACUACAAUAUGACACCAGAUAGACACCUAGGAGCGGCUCAAAUUGAUCGACUACGACUUGACCUUCUUAUAACUGAAUCCACUUAUGCAACUACGAUACGUGAUUCAAAAUACGCUCGAGAGAGGGAAUUCCUCAAAGCCGUUCAUAAAUGUGUUUCUGGCGGAGGAAAGGUGCUUAUUCCAACAUUUGCUCUUGGAAGAGCUCAGGAACUACGUAUUUUGUUGGAUGACUACUGGGAGCGCAUGAAUUUGAAGGUUCCUAUCUACUUCUCAUCAGGAUUAACUAUUCAAGCUAAUACGUAUCACAAGAUGCUUAUAGGUUGGACAAGCCAGAAGAUUAAAGACACAUACUCCACACAUAAUGCAUUUGAUUUUAAGAAUGUUCACAAAUUUGAGAGGUCUAUGUUAGAUGCUCCUGGUCCUUGUGUUCUCUUUGCCACUCCUGGGAUGCUAAUUGGUGGAUUUUCACUUGAAGUUUUCAAGCACUGGGCACCUUCAGAAAAAAAUCUUGUCGCUUUGCCUGGGUAUUGUAUGGCUGGAACUGUAGGGCAUAGAUUAACGUCAGGUAAGCCCACCAAAGUUGAUACAGAUCCCGAUACCCAGAUAGAUGUGCGUUGCCAGAUUCAUCAGUUGGCUUUUAGUGCUCACACUGACUCUAAAGGGAUAAUGGAUCUUGUAAAAUUUCUCUCCCCAAAGCAUGUUAUGCUAGUGCAUGGUGAUAAGCCUAAGAUGGUUUCUCUAAAAGAAAGAAUUGAUUCUGAAUUGGGGAUUCCGUGUUCCCAUCCUGCAAACAACGAAAUCGUAACCAUUUCUUCAACUCAGUACGUAAAUGCAGAAGCCUCCGACACUUUCACAAAAAACUGCUUGAAUCCAAAUUUCAAGUUUCAGAAAUGCAGUUCAAUGGACACAUGUAACUCUACUCUUAUAGACAGAAACUUAACACCUGAACUUCAAGUUGAAGAUGAAAGAGUAGCAGAUGGAGUUUUGGUCAUGGAGAAUAAUAAUAAUAAAAAGGCAAAGAUUGUACACGAAGAUGAAAUUUUGCUCAUGUUGGACGAAAAGAAGCACGAGGUUUAGUUUACAUAUUGGUAAAUGGUAGUGAUACAAUAUAUUGCUUAACUAACAAGAUCUCUUGACUUAUGUUCUUACAUUCAAAGCUUUGUGGUGACUGAUCUCGAGGGAAACAGUUAACAUUUUGGAGAAUAUCUGCUAAUAUAGUAAUUCCGCGCAUCUCUCUUUUGAAGCAUUAUUGUUUUAGGAAAUCUUCCACUGUACAACCAAAGCAAACUGUGAAUAUGAAAGGUUGCAAGAAAACUAAUUUAGCAUUGUAGAGCUCUGAGUUAUGGAUAUGAAUUAACAGAGCACCAGAUGGAAUGAUAAUCAGUUAAACAGAACAGCAUGAGUUAGAAUUAUUAUGCAUUUCUUUGCAAGGAACUUGAUUGAGAAUAGGCUUAUAGAGCAUUUUGUAGUGUUUUGCUGUCUGGAUUAACAAGAUUCAGAAACUAUGUGCUCAUAAUUUAGGCUCUUGUGUUUAUGAUGCUGGAGAAAGGAAAUUGUGUUAUAUUGGAUGAUUUUUGAAUUCUAGAUAAUGUUUGUAGUAUUAUUUAGAUAUUUAAUUGGGUUAAAUCAAGAAUUAUUUAUAGGCGCUA